GCUCUCUGUAACCUGCACAGCCUGUUACUAUGUAUCUGUGUAGCAGCCUGCUGAGUGUUUUCCUCCUGUGCCUCAUCCCUGGAGGAAGAUCAGAGCCACAGUACGCUCUGAUCCUCCCGGCUGUACUGAAGAGCGGGCAGACAGAGAAGGUCUGUGUCAACCUUGUGGGACAUGAGGAAGCCCUUUCCCUUGAUGUUGUGCUACAACUUAACGGGGUCAACACCACCAUAUUUAAUGAGGAUGUCCCAGCUACAGACUACUACCAGUGUAAUGAUUUCACAGUCCCCACCAUCCAAGACCCCGGACCCGUCUUUGUGAUAUUUUCUGCGAUUGGUGAGAGUGUCAAAUUUGUGGAGCGCAAGUCAAUUGGGAUUGAUAAAAUGGAAGAUAUUUAUAUGAUACAAAUGGACAAACCCCUCUACAAACCUGGGAACACAGUGCGGUGUCGUCUCAUUUCCUUAGAUUCUCAGCUAAAACCAGUGAAAACCAAGUACCCUGUAGUCUAUCUGAUGGAUCCUUUAGGAAGUCGCAUUGCCCAGUGGUUGGAUCAGGAGUCUGAGCACGGCAUUGUGUCACUGGAAAUCCAGUUAAUUCCGGAUGCUACUCUUGGUUACUACAGAAUCACAGCUGAGAGAGAAUCUGGGUUUGCAGUGGGGCAGGGGUUUUCUGUAGAGGAAAUUGUGUUACCCAGAUACAGCAUCUCUGUUUCUUCACCAAACACCCUCAGUAUAUUAGACGAGACUCUGACGUUUAAUGUCACUGCCACGUACACGUAUGGGCAACCAGUACCCGGCUCUGUCACAGUCAGAUGUUGCAGGAAUUCAGGGGCUUAUGGUAGAAUGCAAAACUGUUACAGAAACAAGGACGGCGUCUGCGCUAAUAUCACAGGGCAGUUGGGUCCAGAUGGGACUUUCAGGGGAGAAGUUGACCUCCGUCUCUUUAGUCUGGAGUUAUCAAACUUUCAGUCAAGCUUCAACUUGGACCUUGUUGUGACUGAGGAAGGAACAGGGAACCAAGUCCGAGAGAGACGCUACGUGUCAGUCACAAGCGAACUCGCAAGCAUUCAGUUUGACUAUGGGGCCAUGAAUCCGCAUUACAGAAGAGGGAUUCCUUAUAUGGUCGUGGCGCUCUUAAAGGAUGAGAGUAAUCAGCCUAUGGCUAAUGAAGAGAUUGAGCUGGAAGUUGAUGGAAAAACAACUAAACUAAUGACAGAUGCGGAGGGGAAGGUGGAAUAUGAAAUUGAUACAGCAAGCUUUGCAGCACCUAAUUUUACAAUCAAGGCUAAUUACCUGAAUCCUGACCAAUGCUAUUACCAAUCCUGGAGAAGCUGGAGAGAAUCCCCUGACUAUCCUACAGCUGAAUUCACAGUCAAGAGAUUCUAUUCCCAGAGUGGGAGCUUCGUGCAGGGACAGCCCCCAAAAGAGCGUCUGAAGUGUGGGCAGAGCUACAGCAUUGAUGUUAAAUAUAUUCUGACUGCUGAAGGGGUUGGCACAGAGGCAACUAAAGCCACCUUCUACUACCUGGUUAUGGCAAGGUCAGAGAUUGUUGCAAAUGGUCAGAAGGAUGUUGACGUGAGCGGCAGUAGGAACGGCACAGUGACUAUUGACCUUUCCGUAUGCUCCGGCAUGGCCCCCAGUGCUACCCUCAUCAUAUACAGCAUUUUGGAGAAAGAGAUUAUUGUGGAAACUGUGAGCCUGAACAUAGAGAUCUGUUUUAAAAAUCCGGUUUCUUUGAAUUUCUCUGAAGGACAAGGAGCUCCAGCCUCAAACGUAGACCUGCUGUUCUCCGCGGCUCCUGAAUCUCUCUGCGCAUUCAGAGUUAUUGACGAGAGCCUCAGACUCCUCAGACCAUACGAGCCUUUUACUGCAGAAAGUAUAUACUACUCCAUGCGUUACACCUCCCUCUAUGGGUACUAUGUCGGUGGGGUUAAUUUGGAGGAACCUGCACCCCCCUGUGAUGAUCCCAACAAACAAGUGUUUUAUAACGGAAAUUACUAUGUGCCAGUGAGCAGCUGGUAUGAAGAAGACUCAUACAGCAAAAUCAAAGCAAUCGGUCUAGUUUUUGGGACUAAGGCCAGACUGAGGAAGCCUGUGGUCUGCGGAAUGGAAGAACCUGAAUUCAAACGGAUUUUUAAAGGUGGUCCAGAAGUUAUGUCACUUGCAUCAGAUGCAGGAUCAGGUAAAGGUUUUGGUGGUGGAGGCGGUUCCGGUGGCGGCUCUAUUGAAACAGUUCGGAAAAAUUUCUCUGAUAUCUGGUUUUGGGGAACAUCAACGGCUGGCUCGGACGGCACCGGUAGUGUAACACUGGUGGUACCUGACUCUAUAACUGGCUGGGAAGGCUCCAUGUUCUGUGUAUCUGAUAAUGAAGGGUUUGGGAUGAUCCCAGAUCCAGCAAAAUUCACAUCCUUCCUGCCAUUCUUUGUGGAAUUAUCUUUACCGUAUUCCAUUGUCCGAGGAGAGACCCUGGUACUCAGAGCCUUUGUACCAAACUACCUGGAGCAGUGCAUCAAGGUUCGUGUGACCAUGGGAAGCUCCUCUGAUUUUGUUGCUGAGCCCCAGGAUGUGCCCCAGGACGUCUGCAUUUGCCUUGGAGAAAGAGCCUCCUAUACCUGGACUCUGGUUCCUCAAAAAUUAGGUGAGAUCAGUUUAACGCUGAGUGCUGAGACCUCUCACAUUGGAGCAACAUGUGACAGCCCCAGUGACUCUUCCCAGCCAUCCCGCAAGGACACCGUGAUACAGAAACUUCUUGUAGAGCCUGAGGGGGUCAAGAAAGAAGCCACUAGCAGCAACCUGAUCUGUGUACAAGACUCAAACUCCCAGACGCCAAUAACCUUAUCAUCUCCAGAAAAUGCAGUGCCAGAUUCACAAUUGGCUUUUGUCACCGUUGUGCCCGACCCUCUGGGUCUCCCAUUACAGAAUCUUGAGAAGCUCAUCCAGAUGCCGACUGGUUGUGCUGAGCAGAACCUUGCCCGUAUAGCAACCAUUAUAUAUGUGCUGGAAUAUCUCAACGCCACAGGACAGCUGACCCCUGAGAUACUUGAGAAAGGAAAGCGAUUCCUAGCAGAGGGGUACAUACGGCAACUAGGAUUCCGCUGGAACAACGGUUAUGUCACUUUUGCUGGAAUAGGGCAACAAGCAAAUUCUGGACUCACAGCAAACACCUUUAAGAUCUUUGAAAGAGCCAAGAAGUUUAUUUACAUUGACAAGAACGUCCAAGAGCAAACUCUGCUCUAUCUGUCUGAGCUCCAGAUACUGGAAACCGGCUGCUUCAAGAGAAGCGGGGACCUGUUUAUGCCGCAGGGAGACAAAGAGGAUGACCUGAUCUAUACAAUACUACUCGCCAUUGCUCUGCUGGAGUCUGACUACAGUACUGGGAAGACCAUGUUGGAAGGUGCCCUGGCAUGUGUGCUGGAAGCCUCAAAGUCUGAACAGAGCACCUAUAUCCAGACCAUGAUGCUUUAUGUCUUCACAUUGGCUGAGAAGUCAAAUGAGAGGGACAACCUGCUGAACAUUCUGAAACAAAAGGCUGUCACUGAAGCGGGCGCUGUGCACUGGGAGAGGCCAGACAGACAAGCUUCUCCUUACUUCUCCUCCUGGUUCACACCACUGGAAGUGGAAAUGUCUUCAUAUGUCCUGCUCAGCAUGGCCAAGGGACCCAAUGUCCUUGAAGCUGAUCUGACCUAUAUGGCUACAGUAGCAUUGCGGCUUGUCCGGCAGCAGAAUUCAUAUGGAGGGUUCCGGACCACACAGGACACAACAGUGGCGCUACAGGCUCUCUCUGCUUACGCUGCACUCAUAUUUACCCCCAAUGCUCAGCACAAUGUGAUUGUGAAACAAGGAAAUGGUCAGCUUUACCAGCUAUCUCUGAAUCAGGACAACAGGCUGCUGGUCCAAAGACAGCCCUUACCUACCAUCCCUGGGGAGUAUAGUGUUGAUGUCAGUGGGAACGGAUGCUGCUUGGUGCAGAGCACUUUGAGAUACUACCUCCCUGUGUCCCAACAAAACGCUGCCUUCUCCUUAUCUGUAAACUCAUCCGCUGAUAGUUGUGUAAACGGUGUGGCGUAUACUUUUACUAUUGGCAUUGCCGUCAGCUACCAAGGAAGUCGAGAAAAAUCCAACAUGGCAAUUAUUGACCUAAAAAUGCAGUCUGGAUACACCGCAGAUUACGAGUCUCUCAGAAACCUGGUGGAUUCAAAAGUGGUCUCCAAAACUGAACAGGAGAAUGGUCAUGUGAUCCUGUACCUGGACUCUGUUCCCAAAGAGACAAUCUCCAUGUCCCUCAAGGUUGAGAUGGGUAAUCGUGUCCUCAAUGUACAAGAAGCUACAGUCUUGAUUUAUGAUUAUUAUGAGCCAGAUGAAAAUGGUGCAGCCAAAUACAGACACCCCUGUGCAGCUUAGGGCUAAGGACUUGGAAUCCUGAAGAGGAACAAUGACUCUCACUGCCCACUGGUCUACAGGCUACAAUAAAAGAAUUGUACUGAAAGAUCCUCACAUGCCUACACAGAGUUACCCUGCACAUGUGACACAUUACCUCAUUUAUAUAUGUGCCCAAGGCUACAUCUGCUGUGUAUCUGCACAUGUGACACGUGACCACAUUUAUACAUGUGCACAAGGCUACAUCUGCUGUGAAUCUGCACCUAAAGUGACAAGAGUCUCACGUCUUUCUUCUCUUGCCUAAUGUACAAGCCUGUGCUCUUUAUAUUAAUGUGCCACAUUCUGCCCAAUUUGUACCAGUAAUUCACAUCUGUUAAUCUGAUCCAAAAUGAAAUAAACAUGUUGCCCCCA